AUGGAGGAGAGACUAACAAUAUAUGAUGAUCAAAUUGAUAUACUAGUAUCACGAAUAAGGAAUCUUUACAACAAAAACGAAUCAAAAAGGAUUGUUAUAUCAUUAGCUGGAGUACCAGGAGCAGGUAAAACAACAUUUGCAAAUAGAAUAUCGUCAAUUUUCACCAAUAAAAUAGCUAAAACUAUGGUAAUAUCUCAAGAUGGCUACCAUUUAUAUAGAUCAGAACUUCAAGUAUUAUCCAAUUCAGAAGAAGCUAUACGAAGAAGAGGUGCUCCUUUUACAUUUAAUGUUAAAUCAUUUCUUAAAUUAAUAUCAAUUUUGAAGAAUAAAUCUGACGUGAUUAAAGUUCCUUCUUUUGAUCAUAAAUUAAAAGAUCCAGUUGAAGAUGAUAUAAUAGUUGAUAAAGAUGUUUCCAUAAUUAUAUUGGAGGGUAAUUAUGUAUCAUUGAAAGAUGAAAUAUGGAACGAUAUUAGCUCAUAUGUUGAUGAUACUUGGUUUAUCUCAACUCCCGAAAGUUUAGUUCGCAGUAGAAUAAUCAAAAGACAUUUAGAUUCUGGUAUCGCAUCAAAUGAACAAGAAGCUAUUGAGCGAGCUGAUGGUAGUGAUUUACAAAAUGCUAAAUAUAUUAUAGAGAACUCAAAAGCAACAAACGUUCUAAUACUUACAAGAUAG